AUGGAUUAUCCAUGGAGUUCAUCCUUGCGACCAGGGAAAACUUCGUUAAUCCAGAUCCAAUUGGCAUCUCUUAUUGGCAUUACCGAACCGAAUAACCCUUCUCGAAGCACGCAAUACGACAGAUCUUCAUCCCCGCUAAUCAUGGGUCUUCCUGCAGCCCCUGGUGCACAUACAAUGAUCUUUGCAAUUUGCGAUGCGAACAACGGACUCCUUGACACGGGUCUUAUGGUCAAAGCCGGAGGAUGUGUUGAUUGCGACAAGGGUAUCAAGAUCAACCAUGCGACUACAACAACAACUGUUGGCCCGACGCCCUUUGUACGCACCAUCCAAGCUUCUGGGACCAUAUCUGGUACUGUUGUAUAUGGCGUACCCGAAGACGCUACGACUAAUACUGAGGAGGUAGCGACUUCAACCGAAGUUACAGCCACUACUACAGAGGCAAUUACUUCGAGUGAAGAUAGUACUACCGCUACAACUGAUGUGGCUGUUGCAACAACAACCAGCGAAGAUUCGACGUUAGUAACCGGAACGACGACCGCUUCCGACCCGUCUACCCCCACGACGUCAACUCAAGGAGGAUUUACUACAAUCCGGAGAGGAUGCCGGCCGUAA